CUGACACCGAGGAACAUGCGCAGUACAGCCCCCGGAAGGGAGGAGGUGUACCGUGACGUCGCCGGGCAUUGUGGGAUACUGGAGGACCAGCGGCACUCUGCCAGGCUGCGUGCGUGCUGGCGUCACGGCAAGGCGCGUCAAAGCCCUCGGAGCUCUGGCGAUUUUCAAUCGUUCGGCGGCGGCCGAGCCUGUCGUCUUCCGCCGGAGGGAGAGAAACAAGCGUGCGAGAGGAGGAAAACAACUGAUUUCGAGACGAUGCCGAACUUCUGCGCGGCACCCAACUGCAGCAGGAAAAGCACCAACUGCCCAGACAUCCCUUUCUUCAGGUUCCCCAAAGACCCCGAGAGGUGUCAGAAAUGGGUAGAGAACUGUCGGCGAGCAGACUUGGAAAAUAGGUCCGCUGAGCAGCUUCACAAACAGUACAGACUCUGUGCAAGACACUUUGAACAAUCCUUGAUAUGCACAAAUAGCCCUUACAGAACCGUCCUUAAGGAUAAUGCCGUGCCAACUUUGUUUGACUUAACGAGCCAUCUCAAUAAACCUGAAGGCAAACACAGAAAGCACAAGAGAAUAAAAGACCUGACUGAGGAAGAUUUAUUGAGGGUGAAGGCACCAAGAACUGACUGUGAUGUCCUGAGAGGUCUGCAGUGUAAACAGGAGGCAAUCAAUGAACUUGACAAAACAGAACUGGAAGGUGCUACAGAGAGCCUUGAAGAGUCUACUCUCCUGGAAGAAUCUUUGAAUUUGACACCUGAAGAGAAAGGGAACAAAGAAUUUCUCAAAGUUUUAUUUGAAACUGUAUUGCUGUUGGGGAGGCAAAAUGUCCCUUUGGGAGGAUCAGCCACUGAAAACCUGAGUAACUUGUGCAAUACUCCUGACAACAUUCAAGCACUACUGGAAUUCCGAAUGAAUGCAGGCGAUGAAAUUCUUAGAAAGAGGUUUGAAACAACUGCUGUGAAUGCAGUGUACUGCCCUAAGAACUUGCAAAAAGACCUUUUGGACAUCUGUGAGAUGUGCAUACGGGAGGAGGUACUCCGAGAAGUUCGUGACAGCAACUUCUUCUCAAUUGUGACAGAUGAAGUGAUCAAUGUAGCAGGGCUUGACCAUGUGUCCCUGUUAAUUCGGUUUGUAGAUGAGUCUGACUGUCUGAGGCAAGAAUUUGUUGGCUUCAUACCCUGUGAUCUUGACGGGGAGUUCUUGGCCAGUCGGAUCCAUGAGACUCUUACAGAAAAAUGGGGUCUGAACAUGUAUUACUGCCGUGGACAAGCAUACAAUGGUUCUGGCACAAUGUGUUACAAAAAGCGAGUUGUUGUGGCUAGUAUUUUACAGCAGUGUCCAAAGGCAUUGAGCACUCCUUGUUCUUCCUAUCCCCUAAACAUAUGGAUUGCGAAGUCCAGUCUGAUUUUUGGUAUUAACAUGGUAUUAAGUUUGAUGGAAAACAUUGUAUCAUUUUUCAGUUUGUCACCUCAACUCCAGAAGGUUUUUGAUGUUGGUGUUGACGGUGUCUAUCAAACAAAUGAGGAGAAGGCAAAGGAGCUGAAAAAACUCUUUCAAAUUAAUUGGUAUGAAAGACAUGACACUUUUGAGAUCUUGGCAGAUCUUUAUGAAGUGCUGGUGACGUGCUUGGAUGAGAUCAGUUACGAUACAUGUGGUAGGUGGAAUGCUGAGAUAGCGACCCAGGCCAGCAUGUUGUCCUCAACCAUGAGAGAUUUUGAAAUAGUUGUCUCUGUUAUGGUGUUGAAAAAUGUUCUCUCAUACACAAGAGCCUUUGGCAAAAAUCUCCAAGGUCAAGCAUCAGACACUUAUUUUGCCUCAAGCACUUUGACUGCGGUCCUGCACUCAUUAAACGAAAUGAGGGACAAUAUUGAUGUGUAUCAUGAGUUCUGGUUAGAAGAAGCCACCAAUUUGUCAAUCAAAAUGGGAAUUGAACUAAAGCUGCCUUGGAGAUGUCGCAGGCAGCCUCAAAGUGAAGAGGUUUCUGAGGAGACUCCUGAAAACUACUAUAAGGAAGCAAUUACUGCACCCUUUUUGGACCACAUUAUUUUAGAAAUUGAGGACAUGUUUUCCGAGCAGCAGCUAAAGGCUCUCAAGUGCCUGUCGUUGGUGCCUUCUGUUAUGGCUCAGCUGAAAUAUAAUACUGCAGAGGAAAACAUGGCUGAUUUAUAUAAAGAUGAUCUUCCAAAUCCCGAUACCCUUUCAGCAGAACUGCACUGUUGGAAGAUAAAAUGGAAGCAUCGAAGCAGAGAUGUUGAACUUCCUAGUACUAUUUUUGACACGCUACGCCAUCCUGAUAUCAAGUUCUUUCCAAAUGUGUACACUUUACUUAAAAUUGUCUCAAACCUACCUAUUAUCAAGCUCGAAACUGACAAGUAUGAAAUUGGACGGAAACGGCUGAAAGCAUACUUAAAAAUCACUCCGGUUGAGGAACGGACAACCAGUCUGGCACUAAUCCAUAUCAGUUAUGAUGCUAAACAUGAUUAUGACAUGAUGGUCGAUACCUAUGCAAAACUGUACCCAGAGAAAAUGCAGCUCGCCCACGUGACUGAUUCAGAUAGUGUGGACAUUAGCAAUCAUGAUGGAAACAGUGUUGAAAUUAAUAAUUUGGAUACAAGCACUCGGACAGUGUAUGAAGUUGAUGGCGAGUGCAUGGAGGUGGCGAGCCAUACAGUGGCAAGUGGGGUUGUACUGCACCAUCAGUCUGCAGGAAGCCUCAUGGAGGUCUGCCAGAAUUCAGAUAAGACUAUCAUAGAAGUGACCCAGCAUCCAGAGGGGACCACAGUAGAACUGCAGCAGUUUCCUGUAAGCGGUACAAUGAUUGUUACUCAGCAUACAGCCGAAUCCAGUGUGGAAUUGCAACACCAUCCGGAAGGGGCUCAGAUCAGCCAGCAGCCAAUAGAAAGCAGUGUGGGACUGCAGCACCACAUAGAGGGAAGAGUGGUGGAGGUGAUCCACCAUCCAGAGGUGAAUGGUGUAGAAUUGCAACAUCACUCAGAGGUGAAUGGCUUGGAAUUGCAGCACCAUCCAACAAGCCAAGUUAUUGAGGUGAGCACUGUGGAGCUCCAGCCACAAAUGGAGUCCAGCAGUGUGGAGUUACAGCACCAGGUACAGGAGGGUGCAGUAUCUCUGCAGCACCAUCUGGAGGAAAAUACUAUUGAACUACAGCACCACCCAGAGACCAACACUGUGGAAUUGCACAAUCCACAGACUAGCACUAUUGAGCUGAGCAGUGGAAUAGAAGAGACCACCAUGGAGGUGGGUCAUUGUUUAGAGACUAGUGCCACAACAAUAAUACAACAACAACAGCCACAGCAUGGUGCUGUGGAAAUACAGAGCCAGUGCGACUUGCAGCCUAGUGAGAUGGAGAUACGGCCGCAUAAGGUGUCUGUUGCUACAGAGACAGACCAUCCAGAGAUCGAUGAAGUAGAUAUCAUGCCCCAUGUGGAACCAGUUGCUACUGAGGUGCAACAUCCUUCAGAAGUUACUAGCAUAGAAAUCCAACAUAACCCAGAGCCUGGUGCUACAGAGGUGCAGCAACAUUUGGAAUCUAUCUCUGCAGAGGUACAGCAACCACCGCAGACUAAUGCCCCGGAUUUGUCUCAUCGUGAUGAAUCUAGUACUGUGAUGGAGGGCAAUCCAGAGAGAGGCGUGGAGGCAAUAGAACACCAAUCUGGUGUAAGUGCUGUGGAAUUCGAUCCACACCCCGAGUCGCGUGCCAUUGAGCUGGAACAAUGCCCUGAGGCAAAUGUGGUGGAACUGGAGAACCGUCCAGAAGCAAUAGAUCUGCAGAACCCUCCUACAGAAGCAGCCACAGUGGAAGUAGACAAAGUGAGCUUGUGUAAUCGGGAUUUGAGUGGUGAUGGAAUAAAGGUUUUGGAAAUUAAAAAUUCAGAAGACAGAAAUUCAGAGACAGACAUUUCUAGUCAUCAUUUGCUGGGCACAGAUAAGGCAAAGGAGCAUCUCAGUCAUGGCACCACCCCUCAGCUUAAGUGAAAGAAAAGGUUUGGCCUAGGCAUCUGCUUCCAGUAGCUACCCAGCUCGCUGGGCACUGGGUGAGACCAGGAUCGAAGACUGGCUUAUUGUUCACUCCAUACACUGUUGAAGUUUAUACUGAAAUGAAGGUUAUUUGGUGAAUUUCUGGAAUAAAUGGUGCAAUAAUGUAUAUUUUGUCCGUUUCUGGACAAGAUGUUUAUUUCUAACUAUUGUAUGUAAAUAUUGGUUUGGGGCAGGGCCUUGUCUCACCCCACACAUACAAUACUACUUCCGAAAGCCAUGAUGGUACCUCAUUUCCACUUCCAUCUUCGCUACUUCUUCCCCACCUGUGCACCCAACUAGAAAUAAAAUGAAAAGCCUCAACAUUCAACUUUAAAGUGUCUUAUGUUUUAUUUUUUGUUUUAAGACUUCCACUACAAUAAAUAAUCAAGCACUGCUUAGAAACAGCUCCUGGUAUGAGUGAAUGUGGUUGGUGCUGUUGCUAAUGUUUCCCUUUUCAAAUAGCCAGCACGUUUCAUCGUUUAGGCCAUCUCUCGUUUGUUCUGAGCCUAAGAGUCCUGUACUUCAGUGCACUGCCAGGCCUUGAUCUAUAAAACAUUGGGAGAAAAAUCUCCUCCACUUGUUUAUUCUUGUAGCCUUUUAAUUAAUUAUGAAAGAAUCCUGUCAGAAUUGUUACCUUUUGUAGAAAGUGAAUACAGUGGAAUAAGUCGCAUUUAUGUGUUUUUGUUUUAUGUUUACUGCUGCAAGAACUUCUAAUUUGGCUUAUUUCUGCAGUCUAGACGUUGCAUAAAUUUUGUGUAUCUGUAUUUUACAAUAAAUUGAAAACGUAG